AUGGGUUAUUAUUUUGAGAUCAGUCAGGCGCUUCCUGUUUCCACCAUCAGGCGUUUUCAGAUCGACGGACGAGGCAGAAUUACCUCCAAUCAAACCUUCGACUACCAGAAUGGACCACGGGAGUUUUCUCUGUCUGUGGUUGUGAGAGACAGACAGGCGUCUAACUGCAGUGGGACGGUGAGGAUCAAAGUUCUAAAAGUUUACACUCAGCCCCUGGACUUCCUUCUUCCCGUUCAGAACGUCUCCCUUUUGGAGAACCAAGGAGCAGGAGCUGCGGUUGCGACCGUGCGAGCCGACCCGAGUGUCUCGGCUGUGUUUUACACGUUUGUGAAACUGUACCCACCUUACAAAAUAGGGCGAGAGGACGGCGUCAUCAGAACGGCGUAUAAUCUGGAUUUAGAGGCAGACGCAACCUUAACACAGACGGUUCUGUUGGUUCGGGCCCUCAGCGUUCUGGAGGAUCGUAGUGGAACCGCUACGGUCACCGUAAACGUCCUGGACGUGAAUGAACACCCUCCAUUCUGCUCUCCGUCUGUUAUCAUUUUAACCGUACCCGAGACCACGGAGGUGGGACGCAGUCUGGGCUCGAUCACGUGUCUCGAUAUUGACGUCACCAACCACAGCAUUUCUCUCACACUCAUCGAGAAUGACGUCUCGCGCUUCAGGUUCCGUCUGAGGGACGGCCAGCUGCAGGUGAACAGCAGUUUGGAUUAUGACAUUGAAGGUGUUGCUGCCAAUCACUUCCAGUACGAGGCGACCAUCUUGGCUACUGACUCUGGGAGUCCCGCGUUAUCGACUGAAGUUCAGGUCCUGAUCACGGUGACUCCGGUGAACGAGUUUGACCCGCAGGUGGUGUCACCGCUGGUUCUGCCGGUACCGGAGGAUUCUCAGCGCGGGACGGUCGUGGCUGUGGUGGAGGCUGUGGAUCAGGACUGGCCUUUUCACGCCAUCAGACUCUCCAUCGCUGAGGGACACGCCCUUUUCUCCAUAGACCCCAUAGGAGGGCAGCUGUACCUGAGGUCCGAGCUGGACUUUGAAGAGAAACAUUUCCACACAGUGAAGGUUCAGGCUGUGGACUUUGACCAGGAUGUGGACCGAACCAACCAGCGGACGAGUGUGACGGACAUCACCAUCCAAGUGCAGAACGUGAACGAUAACGCUCCUGUGUGUGACCCCGUCUCAUACGAGUCCACCAUCUUCUCCACUCUGGCCGCUGGAGUCGGCAUCAUCACCCUCACCUGCACAGACGCAGACGGAGACGCGCUCACCGCCACCAUCACCAAUGGUGCUGUGGUGGACCGGUUCCAGAUGAACGGACUGACUCUGUCCUCCAGAAACGUUUUCUCCUUCGUGCCGGACGGUGUGUACGAUGACACCUGGUAUGAGGUCACUGUCAGAGUGUCUGAUGGGAAAUUCAGCACUGAUGCAGUGGUCUACAUCACCGUGGUUCCCUGGAGCACCACAAAACCAACCACGCCCACUACUACAAAAGCUCCUCGGGUGGUGACAGUGCUGAGGGGUGUGUGGGCCCCUGAGCCCUGGUUCGUGGCUGUUCUUACACUCACAGGAGCUUUACUGCUGCUCACAGUCGGACUGCUCACAUGGGCCAUGUGCACACGAAACUCCACUUGGGAAAAAGAGGAGCAGUCACUGAGUCCACAUAGAGACAGUGUGCAGAAGAAAGAUGGGAUGGGAAAUCACACAGCUUCAGAUGAGGGUGAAAAGAUGUCACUAGAUGGCAGCGUGAGUCUCUCCAGAGUGGAAAUACAUGAAGACGUCACAAGAUUUAACGGAAAAGCUCAAGACCCAGUGUCUGGGCGGAGUUACCUGUUUAACUCGGUGACUGGUGAGCGUCGGUGGCUGGACACGCCCACUGCAGACACGCACGUCUAAUAUCCCGCAAGACACACACACACACACACCUGUUCACCUUCCACCUGUCAGGACACUCUCACAUCAAUGCUAACAAGAGGUGAAAGUAACUAGACAUUAGGCCACACCCACUUUCUAGACAAUUCUACAACUGUUUUAAGUCAUCCUGUCCAUUUUAAAAAAUUAUGACGUCAUACAGCGUCAGAAACCACAUCAGCAAGUCUGAGCUGACUGAUGAGACGCAGAUUUAGUUUACUAAGCAGUAAGUUUGCUGCAUGAACCUCCCAGCUCCUCCACCUAAGGUUCAGCUUUCCCUUUAAUCCGAAAUAAUUCCGUGUAAACGUAAAGGGAGAGAAGACAGAUUUCAGAUUUCAUACGUUAUGCGUAUCAGAUUGACGAAGGUGUAAAAUGUCCAGAUGGAAUAGAAAUAAUCUAAUAUUGUCACUAAAUGAUAAAAAUAUCUUAUAAAAGUGCAUGUGACGCAGAGCUGAUCAAUUAUUACGAUCAAUAUUUUAACAAUAACCAAUAUGUAAUGAUAACUAGCAAUUUAUUACAAUCUUACUUUAUAAUCC